GUUGGCAGCAGUUGUUCACAACAUGUUUGUUGAUGAUUAUCAUUUGUGCAUGACGCAGGAUAAUCUAUUCUCGUAGAAAUCUGUAAAUACUCAUGGUGAUAAUUAAUAGUAACUUCAUGCAAAUAUAUACAUAUAGAAAAAAUCACUAUCGCAGAGACUGAAUGAAUGUGAACGUAUGUGCGUAAAUACAAUUUUAUACUGAUAGCAAAUGCAAAUCAUUUGAAAGAUUAAAAUGAAUCAGAAUAUUUUUUAUUUUACAUAUAAAUUACAUAAAUCUUUUGCACAUAUAUUGUAAAAAGUAUUAAGCAUUGAACAGUUAUGGCAACAGAAGUUAAAGAUAAGUUAAGGAAAACAAACGAAAAAGGAAAUGGUAAUCCCCGUGCCAUAUUUUAUAAAAAGCCCAUUAAAAAAGAUAAUUAUAACCUGGAUAUAGAUAAUAUUGAUACUCCUCAAGAACUGAGGCGUCAGCGUUUGUUACAGUUUCAAAAAAAAUGUAGAGACAAUACAUUCAAUAUUGGACGUGGAAUACUAGAACAAGUCUUUAAUUCCGAAGAUGAACUUGAAGAGGAUAUGGAAAUCGAUGAAAGUGAUAGAAGAAGGCACUGUUCAUCCAAACGAUAUAAAUGUUAUGCGAAUCAGUUGAUGAUGUCUGAGUGGUUGUUGGAUGUACCUCAAGAUUUUGUAGAAAAGUGGAUAAUAGUUCCUUGUCCAGAAGGAAAAAGAACUUUAGUAGUUGCAUGUAAAGGUGUAACUAAGGCAUAUAAUAAGCGAGGUAAUAGACUUGGUAAAUUUUAUUCAGCACUUCCAGGUGGCAAUCCCUCUGGCCAUAGAGGCAGUUGCACUAUAAUUGAUUGUAUAUGGAUGAAACAGCAGAAAACAUAUUAUGUCUUGGAUGUACUUGCAUGGUCUAAUCAAUCGCUCAUGGACUGUGAUACAGAGUUUAGAUUUUUCUGGUUAAAGUCGCAAUUACAGGAAAUAAAAGAGUUACAAGAAAGAAAUGUAAACAUAAAUACAUUUCCAAUAUUGCCUCUACCCAAUAUUACUUGUAAUUCAGAUGUAAGUUCAGAAUUAGCAAGUCUUUCGAAUUUGCAUCCUUUAGAUGGCUUAUUAUUUUAUCAUCGUGAUGGACAAUACACUAAAGGUCGUACUCCACUUGUAACAUGGUUAAAACCUUUCAUGUUGACUGAAGUACUUGGUAUUUUUAUACCAGCACCUCUCGAUGAAAAGCCUGAUGGAUAUAUAGACUUCAAAUAUUACAUUCUUAAUAGUAAAGCUAAAAAGAGAAAAGAAGCAUUGGAAUCACAGGUAGAGAUGGAUAUUGCGGACGAACAUUCUUAAAAAGAAAUUUUGUUUUAUUUGGAUAAACGAGCUCCUUAUGGAAGUAAAAUAUAAUCAAUAUAUUAAAGAUUUUAAUAGGCUGUUUUAUAGAUAUAACUUACAUGUACAUAUUGACUGGUUACAAUUUAUUGUAAUUAUAAAAUUAAUUAUUGUACAGUAUGCAAUGAUUGAAAUAUUAUAUUAAAUAUAAAUAACUAUAAUAUAAAUAUAAUAUUUCAAAGUUUAACAGUCUCAUAAAAUUUGUAUUUUAUUUAUUUAUUAGCAUUUAAAUCUCAGAUGUUAAUGUAUGAAGGAUACGAACAGCUUUUUCAUUUAAAUAUAAUAGAACACGAUUCAUGGUUUCUAUGUUUGUUACUUUCAUCUGAAAAUAAAAGUUAUUUUAGAAAUGAACUAUUAAUUUAUGUAGUGAAAUCAAGAAUAUAAUUAUUAAUAUACUUA